AUGGCUUCGAAGGUAACUCGACUUAGAGCCCUUGCGCUUUAUAAGGAACUCCACCGACUGGGCAGAGAUUAUGAACCUUCAUAUGACUUCCAUAGGAAGCUUAGACGCUUGUUCGAAAAAAACCGGAACCUCACUGAUGACGAGGAAAUAGAGAAGGCACUCAGGUUUGGAGAAUAUAUCAAGAACGAAACCCUUGCCUUGUACUCGCUCCGCAAGUAUCGACACCUGAAGCGCAUGUAUCCUUCAAACUCUACGUCUGAUACUUGA